AUGCGUUUUGUUACUGUCCUUUUCCUUACGACUGCCCUUGUGGCCUUUCCUGCUGUGAAGGCUACAGUCCACACCGAAUGCUUUAACUACUUUAUGAAAAAAGAUGGAUGUGUAUGGUCUGCUGCCGACGACCGAACUCGCUGCAACGCUACCAAUGGCAAGCCACCUUUCCAAGGAGUCGAGCGGUUCCAACACCACAACCAAAAAACUCUUCAACGUCGUUACACUUCCGAGGACACCAACACUUCCUUCGCCAUGCGGGAUGGGCCAGGUAUUUGCGGAAACUAUUCGACCAAUCAACCCGGCGCGUGUCUAUGGGUUGGAUCAGAACAAGUCUACGGAAAUGACACCGCCACAGCUGGAUGGUUGAACGGUGCAAAGACUUCUAACUGCGGUAAGCAGCUUUAUGUCCAACGCAAGGGUCGCCCCGACAAGCCUUUCUAUGUCCCUGUCCUUGACGGUUGCUCGUUCUACUCCAAAAACGUGACCGUCGGCUGCACCCAGAUUGCUCUAUCUAACAAGACAUUCUACGACCUUGAGCCUACUGCUCAAGAGCUCAAGCAAGGUUAUCUCGGAGAUCUUAUCUGGGAUUUCAACAACGAAGCCGGUACCAAGGGACAAAACGCCCCUGUCUAA